UCUUUCGAGGGAGCUCCUCCAGAGCUGCCGCUCUUCUCUGUGAGAGAGCCCCGGGGUACUAGGGAAAGCUCUUCUACCCUGCCCAAAACUUACACACGUACCUGAGGGCUGCACGGGAAGUAGGUGAGCAGGAUCAGCAAGAACCCCCUCAGGCAGGCAGGACGGCAUGGUGCAGCGCGUGGCGGUGGUGGGCGCAGGCGUCAGUGGGCUGGCAGCCAUCAAGGGCUGCCUGGAAGAGGGGCUGGAGCCCACCUGCUUUGAGCAAAGCGAGGACAUCGGGGGGCUCUGGCGCUACACGGACCAGGCAGAGGAAGGCAGAGCCAGCAUCUACCGAACCGUCUUCACCAACUCCUGCAAGGAGAUGAUGUGUUACUCCGACUUCCCCUUCCCUGAUGACCACCCCAACUACAUGCACAAUGCCAGGCUACAGCAAUACAUCUGCAAGUACGCCGAGCACUUUGAUCUGCUCCGGCACAUACAGUUCAAGACCCUGGUCACCAAGAUUAAAAAACGCCCAGACUUUUCUGUGACGGGGCAAUGGGAGGUGGUGACCCAGAGAGAUGGGAAGGAAGAGAUGGCAGUUUUUGAUGCUGUUAUGAUUUGCUCUGGGCAUCAUGUCUACCCAAACCUCCCCCUUGCUGACUUCCCAGGAAUACAGAAGUUUAAAGGCUGCUACUUCCACAGUCGAGAGUACAAGGAGCCAGAGAAGUUCAGAGGGAAGAAGGUGUUGGUGAUAGGCUUGGGCAACUCUGGCUGUGACAUCGCUGUGGAGCUCAGCACCAUGGCAUCACAGGUCUACCUGAGCUCCCGAAGCGGGUCCUGGGUGAUGAGCCGUGUCUGGGACAAAGGCUACCCCUGGGACAUGCUGGUCAUCACUCGUUUCCGGACCUGGCUGGGGAACAUCCUCCCCAGGGCACUCAGUGACUGGCUGUAUGUGAGAGGCAUGAACCGGUUCUUCAAGCACGAGAACUUCGGCCUCAUGCCACUGAACAGAACUUCCCGCAAGGAGCCGGUGUUCAAUGACGACCUCCCGAGCCGCAUCGCCUGUGGCGUGGUGGUAAUGAAGCCGAAUGUGAAAGAGUUCAGAGAGACAUCUGUCUUGUUCCAAGAUGGGACUGUACAGGAUAAUGUUGAUGUGGUCAUCUUUGCCACUGGUUACAGUUACUCUUACCCUUUCAUGGAGGAUGCAUCCAUCAUCAGAAGCAGGGACAAUCAGGUCACCCUGUACAAAGGCAUUCUCCCUCCUUGUCUUGAGAAGCCAACCAUGGUAGUCAUUGGGCUGGUCCAGUCCCUUGGGCCGAUCAUCCCAACAGUGGACCUCCAGUGCCGCUGGGCAGUCAAGAUGUUUCAGGGACAGUGCAUGCUCCCUCCAGUCAGUGAGAUGAUGGAUGACAUUGAUAAGAAGAUGGGGAAGAAGCUCAAGUGGUACGGGAACAGCACCACACUGCAGACAGAUUAUAUCACCUACAUGGAUGAGCUGGCGUCAGCCAUUGGUGUGAAGCCCAACAUACUGAAGCUCCUGCUGACGGACCCACGGCUGGCCUUGGAGGUUUUCUUCGGCCCCUGCAGCCCCUACCAGUUUCGGCUGACGGGUCUGGGGAAGUGGAGCGGGGCCAGAAAGGCCAUCCUCACCCAGUGGGACCGAACGCUGCGGGCCACACGAACGCGUGUCACCCCAGCCACCCCCACUGCCUUCACAUCCCUGGCCACGCUGGGGGUGUUCUUCCUCCUGCUCCUCCUUGCCACCCUUUAUUGGUAGGGGAACCCGGAGAGGCAGGGCAAGGACAGAGAGGGAUGCAGGAGUACUGAGCGGUGUGCAUGUGUGGGAUGCCUUCUCCUGCCGGGCAAGGUGGGCUGCUGCCCUGCUCAUUAUCCCGGAAAUAAUUAAUCAACAGAUCCCUAAAAAAUGGCAUCAACAAAUCAGGUGCAAUCUCCAUGCUUGGUAAAUUUGGGAGGUUCCUCAGCUGAGGCUAUGAAAGAGUGCAAAUACCAGUCCCAGAAAGUAAUGCUGUUUAUUUUAUCCUUCUAAAUGUGUUCAAGUAGCAGUGCAUUGCUACAUGUCUUUAAAACUCCCUGUCUACUGUCUCUUUUCCCAGUGGAAAACUGAAGUCAAAAUGUUUAGUUUUUUGAGAAAAGUUUUGAUGCUUGUGCUCUGGCUAAAAUGAGCUUGCCUGAAUUGUCCCUUUUGAAAAGAUAAUUUUCACAACAAGUAACAUCCAUCUUUUUCUCCAGCGGGGAAAGAUGCCCAAAUGAAAAAAAGAAUUCAGAUUAAAAUAUUAAGAGGAAUACUCUAGUAUGUAAAUAAAUGGCCCACCAGCUCUUAGAGCAGCAUCUGGACUUUGCUGGAACAUGUGAGCAUCUGAAAGGUGAUAUGAACAGUGUCUGCCAGACAAAAUGCCUGGCCCAGCUGGGGCUGUGUAACCCAGUGCUGUGGCUCCUGCAGCCAGGGGGAGAGCAUCCUCAGAGAGGUCCCUCUCCAAGCUGAUUCACUUCCUGCUGGGCAUUACUGGCUCCAUAGCAACAGCUUGGAUGGGCAUCCACACUUUGGCUCACCUGUCUCUGUAGCCAACCCCAAGGUUUGUCCAGGGGCAAUGGGGAUGUGCCAUCUGCCCAAUUGCCUAUCCUAGGGUGGGGGCAAAGCUUCUGAUGUUCACCCCCACCUGAGCAAGUGGGAGAGAACUGGACCAAUCCUGGUAAGCUGCUGAACUCCUGAUGUAGCCAGAUCCUGCAGGCUUUCUCUUUGCAUUCAUCUGCUGGGGGUGGAACCAGACCAUGGCAUAAUUUGGUGCUCCCCAGUAAGCGCUCUGUCCAUGGGCAGCUGCAGCCAUCUCUGAUUUUCACCUCCAUAAAGUAAUAAUUUUAGCCUUGCAAAAUGCACCAUGGUUUUAUGAAAGGCACCACGUAAAUGUGAAAUAAUACCAUUACUGUGAGCUCUAGCCCUGGAAGUGAGACUGCUGGAUGCCUGUCGUUCCCUUUUCAGUGCCUCUGCUUGUGCACUUCUUCCUGCCAGGAGAUGAAGGGGUUUGCCUGCUCUUAUUUCUUCCAGUCCAAAUGGCAUGUACCUGUGGUGGGAAGCAAACCUUUCCUACAACUGUAGUCUGACUCAGAAAACCUGAGAUGUACUGACUAUCUCAGACAAACAUGAAUAAAAAUAUAGUGGCAUCA